AUGUUCCGCUCCUCCGUGCAGCGUUUCGCCCCCAAGGGGAAGGAGGCCUUUGUCCGCGGCAAGCCGCACCUCAUCAUCGGCACCAUCGGCCACGUCGAUCAUGGCAAGACGACCCUCACCUCCGCCAUCACCACCGUGCUCGCCAAGACGGGGAAGGCGAAGGCGAUGGACUACUUCGCCAUCGACAAGUCUCCCGAGGAGAAGAGCCGCAAGAUUACUAUCAACGCGACGCACGUCGAGUACGAGUCCGAUAAGCGCCACUACGGCCACAUCGACUGCCCGGGUCACAUGGACUUCGUGAAGAACAUGAUCACCGGCGCUGCGCAGAUGGACGGCGGCAUUAUCGUGGUGGCUGCGACGGAUGGCGUGAUGCCGCAGACGCGCGAGCAUCUCCUCAUUUGCUCCCAGAUCGGUCUGCCCGCCCUCGUUGGGUUUAUUAACAAGGUCGAUAUGACGGACGAUGAGACGUGCGAUUUGGUGGAUAUGGAGGUGCGGGAGCAGCUGGAGAAGUAUAAGUUCCCUGCCGAGGAAACCCCGAUUGUGCGGGGCUCCGCCUUGAAGGCGCUGGAAGGGGACCCGAAAUACGAGGAGAAGAUUAUCGAGCUGGUGAAGAAGUGCGACGAGUGGAUCCCCGACCCGCCGCGCAACACCGAUAAGCCCUUCCUCAUGGCUAUCGAGCACGUCUAUGAGAUUGGCAAGGACAAGAAGAGCGUCAUCGUGACGGGCCGCGUUGAUCAGGGCGUGCUGAAGCUGAACACGGACGCCGAGCUGGCCGGCUUCAGCGCCAAGAAGGCCACCGUGAAGGUGACGGGCAUCGAAAUGUACCACAAGACCCUCGAGGAGUGCAUGCCGGGUGACUCCGUCGGUGUCAGCAUCGUGGGCGCCGGUGACACGGUGAACCUGUCGAAGGACAACAUCGAGCGCGGCAUGGUGAUGGCCGCGCCGGGCAGCACGAACCUGUACAACAAGGUGAAGGCGCAGGUGUACGUGCUGACGAAGGACGAGGGCGGCCGCCACACCGGUUUCAGUCCGCACUACCGCCCACAGCUCUUCUUCCACUGCGCCGACGUGACAGCUGACAUGAGCUUCCCAGAGGCGGAGAAGCAGCGCGAGGAGCUGAACAAGAAAUACGGCCGCGGCCCCGAGGAGGAGAAGAAGAAGGAGGCGGAGGUGAAGGAGUUCGAGAGCAAGCUGGUCUGCAUGCCGGGCGACAACCGCGAGCUGAUCCUUACGCUGGCCUACCCGAUGCCGGUCUCGAAGGGUCUGAAGUUCACGAUUCGUGAGGGCAAGAUCACCGUGGGCUGGGGUGCGGUCACUGAGACGAUGGGUCUGGACACCAAGGUCAACAUUGAGGGCAAGCGCAUCGGUGCGAAGCCGGUUACAGGCAAGAAGAAGAAGUAA